ACCCAAAAAAAACAGUUCACUCCACCCAAAAAGGGCAGACACACAAAUACCCAAAUUCAAAAAAGUGUUACCCAUCAUAUCAUUUGUUUGCCUAAUAUCAUCGCAAAGCAACCCCACUCCACCACCAUUACCAUUAACAACAACAUUUUAAUUUUAUUAUUUAUUUUGAUUAUUCCCUUCACUUUUCUUCUCGUCCGAUCAUAGUUGUUGUAGUAGUGUGUUGUUGAAGCUUUUAGCCAUUCACACAUAUUCCUUUCUCCCACCUAAAUGUCUUCCUAAUUAUUCCCAAUUCUUAGGGUUUUGAUUUUAUACAAUUUCUCAAAUAUUCAUUUUGUUUUAACAUGGGUAACGCCGGAAGUAGCGGCGGUAACGGUAGUAAUCGACGACGUCAAGGGAGUCGUCGGAAUCACCCACCUGCCCCGCCUCCCCCACCGCCUCCACAACCGUCACAGCCGGAAAUAACAGGGGGUAAUCGAUAUGUUUUCGCUGCGGCCACGCCUUAUCCUUCUACAGGGUACUACCAGUAUCACCCGCCGGCGCCCGGGUAUUACCCACCUCCACCACCGCCUCUUCCACCGGCGAUGCAGAUGCCUUUACCUGCGCCGUAUGAUCACCACCACCAAGGUCAUCAUCAUGCGAAUUGGACUGCUGGGAGGUAUCAUUAUGGGCCCAUGAUUCCGGCUCCGGUUGCGACGCCGUAUGUGGAGCAUCAAAAGGCGGUGACGAUUAGGAAUGAUGUGAAUUUGAAGAAGGAAAGUUUGAGGGUUGAAGCUGAUGAGGAGAAUCCUGGCAAGUUUCUUGUUGCCUUCACUUUCGAUGCUACUGUUGCUGGAAGCAUAGCGGUAACAUUUUUCGCAAAGGAGGGUGAGGAUUGCAAUUUAACACCAACGAAAGAAAGUAUACUCCCUCCAGUGGUUGUGCAGUUUGAGCAAGGCCUAUGCCAAAAGUUCAGACAACCUUCUGGAACAGGGAUUGACUUUUUAAUGUUUGAGGAGGCUGAAUUGCUCCGAGAAGGCGAUAUAGAUGUAUAUCCUUUAGCAAUAAAGGCUGAUGCUUGCCCAGCUAAUCCGACAGGCAGUGAUGGCGAGCCUGUUCCAGGCUGCACAAACUCUCAGAUAACUCAAGUAGUAUUUGAAAAAGAUAAAGGGGAAUAUAAGGUGAAGGUGCUGAAGCAGAUUCUAUGGGUUAAUGGAAUGAGGUAUGAACUGCAGGAAAUCUAUGGAAUAGGGAACUCAGUUGAAAGUGACUUUGAUGGCAAUGACCCUGGAAAAGAAUGUGUUAUCUGCUUGUCAGAGCCUAGAGACACAACGGUCCUUCCGUGCAGGCACAUGUGUAUGUGUAGUGGGUGUGCAAAAGUUUUGAGGUUUCAGACAAACCGUUGUCCCAUUUGCCGGCAACCAGUUGAGCGGCUUCUGGAGAUUAAAGUUAGUAACGUGAACGAAGAAGAAAGGAGCAAUUGAGUUAACUCAAUGGUUAUUAAGACUUCAACAGAGAUGGUGCAUUCCUGCCACCAUCUCCUGGAAUUUUUCCCCUUUUUUUUCUUCUAUAAAUGUUGCCAGUAUGUUAAAUGUAGAGUUCUUUGUUGCUCUCCUCUCUUGAAAAGCAACAAAUAAACAAAAAAAAAACGUGCCAAAAGCGCCUUGUGUAAAGAAAUGUACAAGUAUUUCACACUUAAGUUGAUAAUUAAUUGUAAGUAAUAGUAAGGUUUGGUUCAAAGAUUGGUAAUUACUCUGUUUUUCUUGUUAA